AUGGAAAACAAACAGCAAUACCAAAAAUCCCAGAAAGAAAUUUCUGAUUGCAAAAAUCAAGGAGUCGGCCUCACUCUUCCUCAAAUUGAAAAUUCUGACUUCGAGUAUGCCUUCAGGCACUUUGAGAGGCCAUCUAUGGCCACUUUCGGAUUUGAGAGUGAGAAAGACAAGGACUUUCCCUACUUCACCAAUGCUCAAGCCUUUGAGAAAAAUUUCAAGGAAGAAGAGGAAAUUGAGUACUUCAGUGAGCCAAAAUUUGAAUUUGAUAAUUACCCUCGCUUUUUGGAAAUGGAAACAUCUAGCCCACAUUCAAAAUCAUUAGACAUUAAACUAAUUUUCGGAUUAGAUAAGAUUCAUUCUGAACAAGAUAAUUCAUUUGCAUUCAGGAGUCAACUGGAUGAAGAAUUUAUGAAAAUCAGGAAUGCUCCUUCCAUUGUAGUUAAACAAGACCCAAAUGAAAGGACAUUGCAUGCUUCUGCCACUAUGAAUCCAAUUGUAGAGGGUUCAUCCGCAAAAGUAGCAAAGAGGGUGAAUUCUAGCUGAGGUACACCAACAAACAUUGACCCAGAGAAACUAUCUAAGUUAUUUAAAUGACUCACAAAAACGAAAGGAAUUGAUCUUGAUAUGAUCACAGAGGAUCUAAUCGAGAGAACUAUUGAGUUUGGCCAGCAAAAAAUUGCCGAGCAACUCAAUAUCCCAUAUAGGAGAUACAAAUCUAUCCUAAAUAAAGCUGGAAUCAAAAUUAUUGCUGGCCGCAAAGUUCAGAAUCAACAACUUGAAUCUGUUCUUGUUGAGUGGUCACUCCAAAUCAAAUCUUCUGGAGAAACCUUGACUAGGAAGAUGAUUCAGACCCAAGCAGGGGUAUUCCAGAAGGAUCUCAUCAACCAAGGUGAGAAGCCACUUGAAAAAGUGAGACUUUCCAAAGGAUGGCUUGAUAAAUUCUUGAACCGUCAUGAAGAGAUCAAGUGCUACCUAACUUCUCAGAAAGGCAAAAAGAGCAUUUAAGUCUUUCGCCUGUAACAGGGUUUUGCUCAACUUCUCUCUAAUUAUCAAAUAAUUAGUAACUUUAUUCUAAUAAUAUUAACAUAAGUUCCU